CUCUCUCUCUCUCUCUCUCUCGGAGCCAGCGGCCGACAGAGCGACCCUCGGCCUCUUCCUUUGCCGGGGUUCCCCUCCGUUCCCGGUUCCCGCUCCGCAGCGGCACAUGGACCCCAGUUGGCUUCCCUGCCGAGGCAGCGCGCGCUGAGCGUCCCCGCGGCUGCUGCUUGCCCUUCUGCUCUUUCCGGGGUCGGCUGGCGAAGAAGAGAAGGCUCCGCUUUGGCCAUGCUCCCACCCUGGGGUCUCGUGGCCCUCUUCGUAGCCUUUGCAUCUGGAAAGAAACUAUGGGAUGUCCCCAGAUCACAUACCAGCCAGCUCAGUCCAGAAAAACUACAGUGGGAGCCUCAGUGCCAGUACCAAUUGCGCCACCUUCAGGACGGUGCGAGAAUUUCAGCUGUUCUGCCUCCACGGUUAGAAGGUCACUGGAUCUCAACAGGGUGUGAGGUGCGGCCCGGACCUGAAUUCCUUACUCGGUCAUACAUGUUCUUCGCCAACCGCCUCUUCAAAGCCUACCAGUUUUACUACCGUGACCCUUCCUGCAGAGAGCCCACCUACUCUCUGGUAAUCAAAGGGAAAAUCAGGCUUCGGCAAGCGUCCUGGAUCACCUUAGGGGCGACAGAAGCAGAUUAUCACCUUCAUAAAGUUGGCAUUGUCUUCCACAGCCAGAGAGCCAUGCAUGAAACGGUUGCCCGCAUCAACCAGACUUCUUUGGGGGUGCGCUGCAGUGGGUUUUUGCCAGCUGGACGAACGUGGGUUCCCAGUGCCCUCUAUGAGCUUCUGAGCGCUAAAGGGGAAGAGGACUGCACCCCUGGCCUUGGCUUUGCCAUGCAUGAGCUUAGCCUGGUACGAGUGGAAAAAUACCACCAGCCCUUGCUCCUCCAGCACAACCAAGGGAGCAGGCAGGUUGAGGAGCUGUAUCUUGGGGACAUUCACACCGAAUGGUCGGAGAGGCUUCAUUAUCGGCCUACAGGAUAUCAGCGCCCUCUGCAGAACGCCAUGCACCACAUCCAUCCGUGCCCUGCCUGUGGGAUUAUAUACAGAGCUGACGAACAUAACCCACCAGUAUUACCAGCCAGACCUGAGCUCCCCAUGCUGCUGAGCGGCCACUGGGCCAGCUCUCACUGUGAAGUCCGCCCAGCCGUGCUUUUUCUGACCAGAUACUUCAUCUUCCAUGCCAACAACCGCAGCUGGGAAGGCUACUAUCACCACUACUCUGACCCACUCUGCAAGCAACCAACUUUUACCGUUUAUGCCUCGGGUCAUUACAGCCAGGGCGCACCUUCCCUCAUUGUGAGAGGAGGCACCGAGCUGGUCUUCAAGGUGACCCAUGCUCGGGUGACACCAAUGGAUCAGGUCACCGUGUUAAUGCUGAACUCCUCUGAUUUUGGGAGCUGUGGAGAGGCUGGAUCUUGGCACAUUGGGCAGGAGCUAGAUGUGACUCACACCAAUGGAUGCGCAGCUUUAGGUAUUACGCUCCCCCACACCGAGUAUGAACUCUUUCGCCUCGAACGAGAUGGAAAAGAGAGGAGCCUGCUCUUUAUUGGCGAGAGACCAACUGAUGGGUCAAGCCCAGACACACGCGGGAAGCGGCCCACGUCUUACCAGUCCCCUCUCCUCCAGUGUGGUGGGCACUUGGGAACUUUGGCAAGACAUAUUAUGCCACACGAUCCAGAAAGAUUAAGUGCCCAAGUGAACCAUGGAGCACCAAAGACUCCUGUAUCUCUGCUGGUGUUUCUAGCUACAUUGUUGGUCAACUGGGAUUAAAAGCCUGUUCAUGGAGCUGCAGAAAAUGCAGAUAACCUUAGCAUUCAGGCUUUGUGUAGCCAGACCAAAAAAAUAAGCACGUUCAGAGGUGG